AUGAAUGAAUUAUCCGAAUUUGACAUGGGACAUUUUACUAUGAGAUUGUUGAACGAUGGUGGUCGCUUAUAUUCCGUCAAACCUGAAAAUCGUCAAUUGAAAAUGUUAGCUCAAAUGAGUGACUAUCGUUCGAGAGAUCUAUUUACCGAUAUUUCCUUAAGAAUAAAUGAUCACAUUGUACGUGCACAUAAACUUGUUCUGUCAGCCGGAUCUUCUUAUUUCGCUUCAAUGUUCGAUAGUAAUCUAAUUGAAUCGCAACUCGAUGAAAUUGAUAUGACAAAAACAAUACCAUGUGCGUCAGCAUUAAAUUGGAUCAUUGAUUUUCUUUAUACUUCAUCAAUUAUUCUCAAUGAUAAAAAUGUAUUGCCUCUACUCACCUGUUCAUUUUGUUUACAAUUGAAUUCAUUAUCGGACCUGUGUAUUUCUUAUUUGGUUGAUCAACUUCAUUCAAGUAAUUGUGUAGGAUUGUUACUGUAUGCUAAAGAAUAUCAGUGUGAACAAUUGGAAACAAUAGCACAAAACUAUGUUUAUGAUCAUUUUGAAGAUGUUGUUAGAAAUGAAGAAUUUUUAAAUUUAACAGCAAGUGAUCUUUACAAUAUGAUCAAAGAUGAUAAAGUCAAAGUCAAAUGUGAAUCAAUCAUCUAUAAUGCUGUCAUGCAGUGGGUUCGUCAUGAUCCUAUUCAAAGACGGUCAGAACUGGAAGGUUUAUUACCAUGCGUUCGUCUGUAUUUUUUGGAUCCAUCGUUUCUUCAACGUGCCAAAUGUGAUGAAAUUUAUGGCGGUGAUGAUAUGCGUAAAUGUCAAGAGUAUUUAUCACAAGUAUACAAUAAAUUAACAUCACACACAUAUUGUCGAUUACCACCCAGACGACAACCGAUUAAACCGUUAGUCAUAUAUUGUGCCGGUGGUUAUUUUAAUAAAUCAAUAAAUAUAAUGGAAUGUUAUUUUCUGGAAACUCGAACAUGGCAACGAUGUGCUGAUUUAACAGUAUCAAGAAGUGGCGCUGGAGUCGCAUCAUUACAAAUGAGAGUCUAUGUUAUUGGUGGAAGGCACAACACAAGUCGUGACAAUAAAGAUUGUUCCGAUGUUGAACGCUACAAUCCGUUUCAAAAUAAAUGGGAAAUAUGUAAAUCGAUGAAUUUACCGAGAAAUCGUUUGGGUGUUGGGGUAAUCGAUAAUUCGCUAUAUGCUCUUGGCGGUUCAUCUGGACAAACAUUUCAUAACAGCGUUGAAAGGUAUUCAUUAAAAACUGAUUCAUGGGAAUUUGUUAGUCCAAUGCAUACACCACGGAUUGGUUUGGCUGUCACAACGAAUAGUCGUCUUCUAUUUGCCUUAGGUGGAUAUGAUGGAACAAAACGACUGAACGAUGUUGAAUCGUAUAAUCCCGAUAUGAAUCUAUGGACAAAAGAAGCGCCAAUGCAGAUUAGUAGAAGUGGAGCAGGUGCUUGUUCAUUUGAAAAUUUGAUUUAUGUUGUGGGUGGUUAUACGACAAACGACAGUGUGGCAACUCAACUCGACUCAGUUGAACGUUAUGAUGUUUUAUCGAAUCAAUGGACAUUUGUACGUUCAUUACAUUGUAGACGAAGUGCACUCAGUUGUGUACUAUUAGACAGAAAAAUUCAUGCAAUGGGCGGUUAUGAUGGUAAAAAUUUUUCAUCAGUCGUCGAAGUCUACGAUCCUGAUACCGAUACAUGGGAAUUUGGCACAUCAUUAACAAGUGAAAGAAGUGGGCAUGGAUCGGCGCUGACGGUUGAACCAACGCUCGAUAGCUAA